AUGACUUCGAGUACACCUUAUGAGUACUCAUACGAAUUGGAUGAGAAAAAGCCAUUAAAUUUGGAUUCCAAUUACGUGUCGUCAUUUUCAAAAUAUAAGAGGUACGUCCUAUGGCUGUUUUCCAUACUUUUCAUAUUAUUUUGGUUAAGUGAUUUCUCACUUGUUGCAGCUGAACCCAAGGUGGUGAUAAUUGUUGCUGUCAAUAGUGGUGGCGGUGGUGUUUUAAAGUGGAAAUCGGAACAAGAAUGGGCUAUCGAGCGUAUUUCUAUCGAAAACAAACGUGCAUACGCCAAAAGACAUGGUUACGGAUUGGUCAUUAAAGAUCAGGCACUAUCAAAGAGAUACUCCCAUGAAUACAGAGAGGGCUGGCAAAAGGUUGAUAUAAUGAAACAGACUAUGAGGGAAUUCCCCAAUGCUGAAUGGUUUUGGUGGUUAGACGUGGAAACUCUUAUCAUGGAGCCCCAACUUUCUUUGGAAGAACAUAUCUUCGAUAGACUAGAUGAAAUCGCAAACAAGACUUUGGAAGCUUUCAAUCCUUUGCAUAUAGCUACCGAUGUGGCAUAUGUUGACUAUUCACAACCGUCAGAUAUGUUAAUUACACAGGACUGUGGUGGUUUUAAUUUGGGUUCUUUCCUAAUGAGAAACACUGAAUGGACUGAGCUUCUUCUCGAUAUAUGGUGGGACCCAGUCGGAUAUGAACAAAAACAUAUGGUCUGGGAACAUCGUGAACAAGACGCUUUAGAAGCAUUGUAUGCUAACGAACCUUGGAUUAGAGAGAAGAUCGCAUUUCUACCACUAAGGCAGAUCAAUGCUUUCCCACCAGGUGCUUGUGCAGAUUUCAAGUAUGACUUGCGCUAUUUCUAUAACGAAAAGGAACAUGACUUCGUUGUCAAUAUGGCUGGGUGUAACUUUGGUAGAGACUGCUGGGGUGAAAUGCGCCAAUACACUCAACUGAUGCAAACUCUUCACCGUAGAUGGUACUCGAUGUUCUUUUAG